CCCCUCAAAAAACAAGUCUACUUUGAUAUGUAGAGACAUAAUAAUGUAUUUGUGUAUUAUUUAUUUAUUGCUAAUUAAAAUAAUGGUUGUUUCCAGUGGAAUUUGUUCAUUUAGAUUAGAUAACUGUUAUCAGUAAUUAAAUUGCACAAUUUUCAAAGUAAAGGGGACUAAUUUGCACAUAGUACUUAAGUCUUAGGGCUCAUUAGCCACAUGUUCCAUUAUGUAGUUGGCGCCAAAAAAAAGUCCAUUUACCCGCCAUAAAUCCACUUUAUGAAUAUUCACAAAUCAGAAAUCACACUUGUAACAGUCGUAAAUACACAAUUCACAAACCCUAAAUUCCCCAAAAAAAAAAAAACGAAGCAAAUGAAGAAGAAAAACCAAAAACCUCCAAAACAAGAAGAAGAACAACAACAACAACAAGAUAAACAGCAAUACUGGUUGCUGAAAACCGAAAUUGGGGAAUGGUCAUGGGAAGAUCAAUCAUCAAACGGAGGAAAAUCCAAAUGGGACGGCGUUAAAAACAGGCAAGCCCAGAAAUAUCUCAAAUCCAUGAAAAUGGGGGACCUCUGUUUCUUCUACCAUUCUGGUAACAAAGCGCGUCGCAUUGUCGGCGUUGUUACCGUCGUUAAGGAAUGCUAUGACGACGGAGAUGACGGCGGAGUUGCGGUGGAUGUGGCGGCGGUGGGGGAGAUGAGGAGGCCGGUGGAUUUGGCGGAGAUGAAGAUGGAUGAUCGGAUGAAGGCGUCAGGGUUUGCGUUGUUUCGGCAGCCUCGGUUGUCGGUGGUGCCGGUGUCGAGGGAGGUGUGGGAGAGGGUGUGUGAGUUGGGUGGUGGGUAUGAAGGGGAUGGAGAGGAUGAGGUGUGAACUAUGAAGCAUGAUCACCAUGUGUUUGUGUUUUUGCCUCAAUGAAAGAAAGUUAUUUUAGUAAACAUUUUGGCUAAGCAUUGCUUAGAUUAUUUAGAGGAUGUUAAGUUUGUAGUCUCUAUUUUGUAUAGCAUGAUUACUACUAUGAAGGUUACUAAUUAAUGGAGUAACAUUAUAACAGUAAUACUCGUACAUCGAUAUGGUGCUUU